AUGACUAGAGGUCGCAUUGCAUUCAAUUGGUGUGAUCCACUGCUACUGAAUGAUCAAUUGACGGAUGAAGAAGCCAUGAUCCAAAAAUCAGCGAAUGAUUAUUGUCAAGGAAAAUUAAUGCCAAGGAUUGUUGAGGCUAAUCGGAAAGGCACAUUUGAUUGCUCUAUUAUGAAGGAAAUGGGUGAAAUGGGGUUCUUAGGUCCUACCAUUCAAGGAUACGGCUGUGCUGGAGUGGGCUACGUGUCCUAUGGCCUUAUUGCUAACGCUGUAGAGCGUGUCGACAGCGCGUAUCGUUCGGCUAUGAGUGUACAGUCGUCUCUAGUGAUGCAUCCAAUUAAUACCUUUGGUUCAGAUGAACAGAAGGAAAAGUACCUACCACGUCUUGCCACUGGCGAACUCAUUGGCUGCUUUGGCUUGACAGAGCCAAACCACGGAUCCGACCCUAGUUCAAUGGAGACGCGUGCUAGACUCAAAGGAGACAAAUACGUACUAAACGGCUCCAAGAACUGGAUCACUAAUUCUCCAAUCGCCGACAUUUUCCUCGUCUGGGCCAAGGACGACGAAGGUGAUAUCCGGGGCUUCAUCCUAGAAAAGAGCUUUCUCGGUCUAUCAGCGCCAUAUAUCGAAGGCAAGGCGACAUUAAUGGCGUCUGCCACUGGCAUGAUUUUCCUAGAAGACGUUGAAGUUCCCAAGGAAAACAUGCUGCCAAAGGUGAAAGGUCUCAAGGGCCCUUUUACUUGCCUCAAUAGUGCUCGUUAUGGAAUUUCCUGGGGAGCCCUUGGCGCAGCAUAUUCCUGCAUGGACAUUGCUCGCCAGUACACCAUUGACCGCAGUCAGUUUGGUGCUCCACUCGCUGCCAAUCAGCUUAUCCAGAAAAAGCUAGCAGAUAUGAACACGGAAAUUGCGCUCGGUUUACAAGGGUGUCUACAAGUCGGUCGUCUACUCGAUGAUGGUAAGGCUCCUGUGGAACUGAUCUCAAUGAUGAAGCGUAACUCGUGCGGUAAAGCCAUUGAGAUUGCACGCAAUGCUCGUGACAUGCUUGGUGGCAAUGGCGUGUCGGAUGAGUACCAUAUCAUUCGUCAUGUUGUGAAUUUAGAGGCAGUGAAUACGUACGAGGGUACGCAUGAUGUUCACGCUCUGAUUCUUGGUCGUGCUAUCACUGGUUUGUCCGCUUUUGUGCCUCGCAUGGCUCCCUAG